UAUUCCAAUAUGCCCAGCUGAAAUGAGAAGUCCGUUAUCACAGAUUAGAGAGGUGCUAGUGAUCUGUGCCGUUAUGGUCUCCGUUCGUCCUGUUCCGACCUCGCUCGCAACAUUUCGACUGAGCGAACAUUUGUAGACCGGCAGGGGCUAGCCGCUAGUGAAAAUUAGUGGCACGUACUUAUACCAGACUACUUACAUCUCACUCUCCAAAGUCCGGUCCUGGACACAUUUCAAGAAUCAGUACAAAUCCGUGAAUAUGACAGCGAACAAGCGAUAGCAAAAAUUCUAGUUUUUUUAAGCUACAAAAUUCAAUAAUCAAUUCGGGUUAAGUCGACACCGAAACCUGGCUCUCCAUGCUAUCAAUGUUAUAAUUGAUACAAAUUAUCGUAUUUAAUUAUUAUUUAUUUAUUUAUAAGUAAUUCACAAACAUGGGUAUCAUUAUUACGAAAUUUCGGAAAAAGAAAACCACGUAUGAAGUGCUGGAAAAGCUCGAAAAGGAAAUCCAAUCAAUAGAAGAGUUUCGCAGAAGCACCGAACAAACUCAGAAGAAAAUGGUUGGGCGUUUCAUUUUCAUCUCAAUUUGCGUGUAUUGUGUGACAGCUUUAAUAUUGUACUUUUAUUUCUUCCCAGCGUCGGCCUACGAAAGAAUUAUUUACAUAAUACCACUAAUUAUACUCCCGAUGUUACUAAUUCUAAUAAAACGGACUUUGUCAUGGUAUUACAGCAGAAAGAUUAGGAAAAACCAAAAGAAAUUGUCCACUUUGAAAGAAGAGAAAAAGAAAAUUUUGGAGGAAGUUAUGGACAAGGAAACUUACAAAGUUGCCAAAACUAUUUUAGAAAAAUUCGCACCUGAACAAGUCAUCAAGCGAAAUCCGGCUUUUGACAACCAAAGCACCCCUGUGAAAAGCGGACCUUUGGUCACCCUCACGCCAACAAAUCAGAGUCACUCAGGUUUACGAUAUCGAGGUCAGUUGUCAACAGCCGCCCCUAAUCGUACUUUAGGCUCUACAAUGACCCCCAUAUCAAGACAAGCUCUGGUGCCUUUAACCACUCCUUCACUGCUUUCACGACCUUCUCAAGGAGGGCGCCCUUCAAUCCCUAGCACCCCUUUGCCACUGCCAAGGGCCAUCUUGCCUAGGGAACGUACAGUUCUGGAUAAGAUGGUGGACUACCUCGUUGGAGAUGGUCCUUCUAACAGAUUUGCACUGAUUUGUAAGAACUGUGCUGCUCAUAAUGGUAUGGCUAUUAAAGAAGAGUUCGAGUAUUUGUCGUUUCGUUGUUGUUAUUGUUUGACGUUUAACCCGUCUCGUAAAAAGCGUCCCAUUGCUCCAAAAUUAGACAAUACGCUGUCGAUUAAAGACAAGAGAUCUGCCAUAUCAGAUUCUGAUUCAGAUUCGGACACAGCGGAACCGAUUAUAACCGAACCACUGACUGAACAUAACGUCACCGAGUCGGAAAAGCUUUCAGAUUAUGAUGUAAAAAAUUCAGACACGGAAUCAACAGCGAUGGAAGUGAAUACAGUUACACCAAGCAAGGAAAAAAGUAAAAAUGAGGAAGUUGAAGAUGAUGCUACUGAAACACAAGACUCGUUGAUCGGUGGUGUGUGUUUAAAUGCGAACAAGUUACAUAAGGAGAUAACCAUGAGCAAAAAAUGCGCGAGGUGUGAAAAGACCGUAUAUCCGACUGAAGAACUCAAGUGCCUAGAUAAGAUUUGGCAUAAACCAUGUUUCAAAUGCAAAGAAUGUGGAAUGGCCCUCAAUAUGAGGAAUUACAAAGGAUUCAACAAGGAACCGUAUUGCGAAGCACACAUACCGAAAGCGAAAGCGACAACGAUGGCUGAAACCCCCGAACUGAAACGUAUUGCCGAAAAUACAAAAAUCCAAUCUAAUGUAAAAUAUCACGCAGAUUUCGAAAAAAGCAAAGGCAAAUUCACCCAAGUGGCCGACGAUCCCGAAACCCUCCGAAUCAAACAAAACACAAAAAUCAUCAGCAAUGUAGCCUACCAUGGCGAGUACCAACGCAAAGCCGAAAUGGAACAGCGCCGCCAAUUGAAUGAAAACGGUUAUACGGAGAAGAGCAAAACUACUGCAUACGCUAGUGACGUGAAAAACGCUAACCAGAUGCCGCCGCCACCGCAGCCCCAACCACAGCCUGUUGCAAAUCCUGCCAUAGGCAAAAUCAGCGACUAUGAGCCCGGUUCAGGACAGUUCACCAGCCCCUAUUCGGCCAGGAACUCGCAAACGCUGAUCUACUCCUCAGAUAUGGGCUCCGUGAACAAUCCACCGCAGCGGCAUAUUGGGUCGGUGCAUGACUUGGAUCCAGUCAACCAUAAUUAUGGUUCGUUGGGGCGCGUCUACAGAGCUAUGUACGACUAUGAGGCACAGGACGACGAUGAGGUGAGCUUUCAAGACGGCGACCUUAUUGUCAACGUGAGCAGUAUUGACGGAGGUUGGAUGACGGGGGAAGUACAGCGUACAGGCCAAGUCGGAAUGUUACCAGCGAAUUACGUGCAACUGGUCAAUAUUUAAGAACAUAAUAACUGAUAUUUUUAGAAACUGAAAAAAUAUUUGUGCAGCCAUUGCUUGCCAUUCGCUGGAUUAUCUCUUUAUUUUUUACUAUUUAACCAAAAUUCAUUCCGGAAAUUUACAUUCCGGUUUUUUUACAAAGUAGGGACCAAAAGUGCCUUCAAGCAUUAUUUUUGAGAAUUUUUACAAAUAUUUUUAUAUCAUCUUUAUGGUAUUUUUUGAAAGUGUUGUUGACAAAGUGCUGGUGCUUAGUCAUGUUUAUUGUAUUAGCUACGAUUUCCUAUUUAAUUCUAGGUCGUUGAGGAUAUGAAUUAAAAUUAAUUAAAUAUAUAAGGAGCAACUUGAGAGAGAACUGAUAAUAUUCUAUACAAUCAGUUACACAACUGUGUGAUUUGGUGAUAAAGUUGAACAAUAAAAAUUUUCAAGCUUAACACAGUUCGUAGUCAACGACUCUCAUCGUUAAUAUCAAAACUGUAUAAAAUUCAUAAUUUCAUAAUUUUUGUAAACCAUGUAUAUUAAUACCCAAUUAUCUUAGUUAACAAAUCUAUGCUUUAAUUUUCAGAAAAAGUUACUGUACAUGUUAAAUAAAACUAAACAUUA